CGCUCAAACCCGACGAUGCUGACCUGAGGCCAACUCUUGAAUCCUACUUCUAUUCAUCUUGCACGACCUCGAGCGUCACCUUCACUUGUGCAAGCCUAUCAGAUAGCGGACAGUCAUCAUUCACAGUCAUCAUCCUCUUUGAAACGUCAUCAUCGUCGUCCACGUCUACCCCGGGGUCGCGGCCGGUAACUUAUCGAAUCACCCUUCGAGCCAAGUCCAGCCCAGAUCGAAAGGCCUUCUUUCACCGAACAACUACCUCGCCCGCUCGAACUUUCCCUUGUCCUUUCCUUCCCUUUGAUGUCUUCCUCACAACAACAACAACACUGGUCUCGAGGGCAAGCAUUCCAAUACCCCAUACCACCCAGGUACACUAACGCUCCAAACGCUGUGCCGGAUCUACGUAACUUGCAACAUCCUCCUUGGGCGCACCCUAGCCCGACGCAAUCACAAACAUCUGCGCAGCCGCCCGGUCAACCUCGUCCGGACAGAGGACCAUCUUCUUCUUCUCAGGCAGGUACCGUCGAGCGAAAUCCAUCUAGCUCGAACACGAACAAAAUCGUCCGGGAGGAUACCGGGAGACCGCAUGAUCUGUGGCGCGACAUCAGUAAACUCGAUCCAGCAGCUGUAGCCAGGGUGAUAGCGAACGGUCAGAUGCCCCGAUACCUGCCGAACACUCACCGACCAGUGAAUAGCUCUUCCCACAUGCAAGACCAGAUGAGCGGGAGGUCCGGGUCGGGUACCGGUUCAAAUCAUGACCAUCAUCAUCAAGGAAACGGAGGGGGACAAGGGUCGUCAUCCUACCGAACUGAGCGAAACCAAGGACAACCCAGAGGAGGAAACAACGACUCGAGACGAGAGUGGUAUCAGCCACAACAAUUGCAACAGACCCAACAGACUCCCUCGAAUCAAGUCUAUCUUGGUGAUCCGACACCAAUGCAUUCGCCCUACCGGCCCGUCUCUUCCAAGUCCUCCGAUUUUUCGUACGACCAAUUGCAGGCUGUCCUAGAAGGUUCGGCUCGGACCCCAUCUUCGGCUUCUCAAACCAAUGAGAGAGUACAAAUGCAAGUACCUCAGACCGAACCGAUCUCGCAUGCCGUGCCCCUCUCCGCAAGGUCUCCUCAAGAAACGGAAACACAGCCUCGCCCCAACUCGGCUCCGUCCAAACCUCGGCUUCAAGUCACUUCGCCCAGAUCUGCUCAAAGCGGCUCGGGAGGCUGGGUGGACGUGCUUCUUCGAGCCGCUGCUGAACCAACACCCGCUGCCGAGGUCGGGAAUCCUAUGGAGCUCGCAUCAGAGGUGAUUGCGGUACAGCCCGAGAGGUCUACCGCGAAAGAUAUGGAGGCUAUGGACCAGGAGAUUGUGAUUAUCGAUAGACCACAGCAAACUACGAAAAAGCUCGGAAAGUCUAAGCAAACGAAUGCUCAGACUGUGCCUGUCAAUCAGGACGACGGUCAGGUGACCGGUGUUCAGCCUAAGCCGAAGAAAGUUCGCAUUCCCAAACCUCAGGCCAACGGGGCUGUCAAGGCGGCUGCUAAGAAGGAUCUCAAGGUCAAGGCCAAGAAGACCAAUAAGAACAGGUCGUACUCCAGCGACGACGACUCUGAAUUGACUUCGCUCUCGGACGAAGACCCUCGGAUCACCCAUGUUCAGUUGUCCCCGUCUACCCAUACUGUUCCCGUGCCAAGUGGUAACGGUCGGCUAGACGUCGAUCUUGGCAGUGAUAGUGCCGAUCAGCCUCGAAAGUCGAGUCGUCAACGCAAACCCAAUAUCCGACUGCUCGAUCAGAUCGAUCACGCUACUGGAACCGACGCACGUCGGGCGAUCAACGGUAACGGCGCACAGCCGGACGAAUCAACUUCGAGACCAGGUUCAGGCUCCGGUCCGGGUUCAGGGGCGUCAUCGAGUCGACCUAAACGGAUGGCCUCGGGCGCAGCUCAAGUCAAGAUCGAACAGGCCGUGGAAAAGUUUGGUCCGAUAAGGUCGGGCUCGGCAGAGGUCAGAUCGAGGACGGCCGAGCUGUACGAGCUCGAGCAAGAGUUGUUGGAGAGGCAACAGGCCGACCAGCUUGGACCGGUGCCUUUCCCGACCCCAACCUCCAACCAGGGUGGAGGACAAGCUAUGGACGUGGAUGUUCCCAAGGUAUCCCCGUCUAUCAAGAGGAAACGAAUAGACUCGCUACCCGCAAGCCCCGUGAUACAGCAACAACACGCCUCGCCCAAGGUUCAUAAUGGCAGACGCAAGGCUGCAGACGUCGAUAGCGACUAUACCGAUACCUCUCGAGCCAGUCCGAAGAGACAUAGGAGUAACAAGCACAAGGCGAUUGUGCUUAGCGACUCCGAACCCGAGGCGAAAGCUCAGCGGUCGGAGCGAUAUACUUCGCCGAUACAUGGCAGGAGAAAGGUUCAGCGCCCGAAUUACAACGAGGUCGAUCUCCAGGCGCGAUACGAUAUGGAAACAACUGGAACGGUGGAUCUGACUUUGGUGGACGCACCGAUCGUCAGCGAUACGACGCGGAGACGGUCUGAUCCUGCCGUUAACAGCUCGAUGAGUGGUCUCAUCGGUGUUCAGCAUACGGAACGUGCCAUUCAGGCCAAACCGGAUGACACCGAUAUCGAAAUGCGGUCGCUGCACGAGGACGGCGAGACGGUGGAAAACACGGUCAGAUCUUCGGAAGGUGCAGAGGACGCAAACGACGAUCUUUUAGCUUCAAACGUCUUGAUCCAGAACAACCGCUGUCUGAAUGGUUUGUUCCAAGGUUAUCCUAGAUGCGGCCCGUGUGUCGGGAAGCAGACCGGCUCCAAGUGUCUAUUCAUCAACUGGAGGCUCUUUCCUGUGGACCCACACUCGGGUGAAAUCACCGGGCCGCCGUACUUUGGAAACAUACCGCUCAAACCGUCGAAUCCCCCGCAAUACCCGACACCGAGCGAGUUCAAUCGGAAUCCAACCACGUCCGAUGCCUUUCAUCUGCAGCAGACGGUCGUUCGAUGGCUUCUGCCACUGUUGGCUCGAGAGGUUCAACACGUGUUUCAGGACGGCGCGCUGUGCAAGCAAGACGACGAUACCGGCCGGCUCAUAUGCGAUUUUUGCGCCACAACCGUCUUUGGAGGCAGUUGGGCGUGUUCGCAUUGCGCCAAAGAAUACUGCUUCGAUUGCAAAGGUUUUAUAUCUCAAUUCAAUACAGAAGACCUGGAGACUUCGACGCGAAAGUGGAAUAGGGAACCCGCCGGGAGGUUACUCAGAUGUACAACGCUUAACGGGAUCUCGAGGUCACACUAUGGGUCGUGCCUCAUCCCUGUGACUCGCUACAGUCCGAGCGACCUCAAGAGAGACUGGGCAGCUCUGGUCGGUUUCGUAACCCAGAGCCGUACCGCUUACGACGAAACCUUGCCGGACUUGGCCCCCGACUUUCAGCGACAUUUGCGAGCCGUAUCAGGGGCGAUCGAAACAAGCGAUAAAGCGCCGCUUCCCGGACAAGAAGCCGAAGAAGCGCGCCUGCGUGCCACUCUGAAGGUGUCGGAUGAACAGCUGUCAUCUUAUGCCAAGAGAGAGACGGGCCCGAUGCAACCGACUGAUCGCGCUGGUUUAGAAACCCAUGCUUUCUUCCGCCUCGAGAACGACCAUCUUUCUGACCCGAUCUUCGAUGCCAUGUGGUCCAAGGGCGUACCGAUCGUGGUAGACGGUAUCGGCGAACGUUUCAAGCUGGAUUGGACCCCGCAGGACUUUCACAGAAGGAUGGAUGGUGCACAAAAGAAAGAAGAUCGAGAGUGCAAUGUCGUGGACUGUCAAGCUCAGGAAAGGACAGAAGGUCAUACGACAGUAAUGCGCGUGGCAGACUUUUUCGCCGAGUACAUGCUGGGCGCACAGCGUACGGGAAGCGUCGUGAAGAAGCUCAAGGAUUGGCCGGCCGAUACCGAAUUUGGGAAGAAGUUUCCCGAUCUCUACGACGAUUUUCAUCAGGCGAUGCCUGCGCCAGACUAUACUCGUAGGGAUGGCGUCCUGAACAUUUCGGCUCAUUUUCCAAAAAGUGGCGGUGUACCAGAUAUCGGGCCCAAGAUGUACAAUGCCUUUGCUGCUAAGGAAGGUCCUGGGGGACUUGGCUCCACACGACUCCAUAUGGACAUGGCCGACGCGAUUAAUGUCUUGAUGCACGCCAACCCACGAGAGGACGGGUCGCCUGGAUGUGCCGUGUGGGACAUCUUCCGACCAGAAGACGCCAAUGGACUACGCGAGUUCCUGCUUGAGAAAUACGGUAGCUUUUAUGACAACACACACGAUCCCAUUCACUCGCAGCAAUUCUACCUCGACUCGGAAGUCAGGCAGGAGCUGUUUGAGAAGAAGGGGAUAUAUAGCUACCGGAUCUACCAGUACCCGGGGCAGGCCAUCAUGGUACCGGCCGGUUGUGCACAUCAAGUUUGCAAUCUGGCCGAUUGCAUGAAGAUCGCUUGUGAUUUUGUCAGCCCGCACAAUGUCAAGCGAUGUGAAAAGCUGAGCCGCGAAUUCAGAAACGAGAAUAAUAGCAAGGUAGCCUGGAAGGACGAUGUCUUGCAGCUCUCAAACAUGAAUUGGCAUGCAUGGUGUUCCAGCCGAGCUCUUGCAGGAUACAAGGAAGAGACGACAUCGAAUCCAACCCUUGACGCCGAGAUUGAGACGCUUUUCAAUAGCUUGCCGCGUGAGGCGCGGCUGACAUGUACCCAGCUCAACCAUAAUCACAAGUUCGUGAAGGAAGCUCCAUACAAGGAUGGAUUCGCCAAGGCGGUGUCGAGCAAGGCUAGCGGCGUCAAGCAACAAACGAGCGGCCGACGGGCGGCCAAGCGGCCAGAUCUGUCAUCCCGUGUCAUCAACGUGGACGGCGAGGCGUCGAGCUCGCCAGGUCCAGCAUCACCAUUGCCCAGGCCCUCCGUAGCCUCCUCGUCGCGGAACGGCAGGCCGACGAACAUGUCCGCGCCAGAGCAACAACCUAGGUGGAAGGCCCUGCUGGACCGCAUGGCGGACGAGAUGAUCGAGGCCGGGUCCGUCUCGGACAUUACGAAUUGGAGCACGAUGAGAGGGAUGCUUGCCGUAGCCGUCAAGAGGAGCGGAUUACUCUUGCCACCAGAAGGACCCGCUGCAGCGUAGUAAGAGAACGGGUUCGGGACGCUACUUUUGGAACACUUCUUGACAACGAGUUGUAUUAGAAAGAGGUGAUUGCGCGCGGAAUGAACACUAUGUACAAUCGGUCUUGGCAUCCGGAACGGGUCCAUGCCGUGUAUUGAAGAAUCCCACACGAAGUCAUUGUCUGCAAGCAUGAAACUCCGAAAUAGAACGAUAUCGUGUGACUUUCACAGGAAGCUUUUCCUUGUUGAUCCCGGCGAGAAGGACUACUUUCCAC